AAUCUUAUUGUAGACGAUGCUUUAGUUUAAUGGCACGAAUAUCUUAUUUAAAAGAUGGCGGAUGACGAUGUGAAUGGAGAUUCUGACGAUGUACAGCAAGAAAAAUCUCAGAAGAAAGCAGCCAAGUAUGACAGUGGCGCGGCGGAUUUGGAGAAGGUGACCGAUUACGCCGAGGAAAAGGAGAUUUCAUCCUCCGAUGGGUUUUCUUGUGCUCUGAGUAUAAUUGGUGAUCGCCGAGAUAAGGAAGCUGCAGAAAAGAAGGCCAAGGAAAAGGAGCUGCUCAAGGUAUCCAUAAAAAAGGAAGAUGUCGAUUUAAUUAUGAGAGAGAUGGAGAUCAAUCGAGUUUUAGCAGAACAGACGCUUAGGGAACACAGAGGAGAUGUUGUAGAAGCAUUAGUUACAUUAACUAAUUGAUAUUGUAUAGAAAUAUUGAAUAUUCUGACAUUCAUAAAACUUUAAAUUCCACUGGAAAUUAUAUAACUUUAGAAGAUUUUGAUUAUAAACCUUUGAUUAUUUUUAUUAACAUGUAUUAUGUAUAAUAUCUGUAAAUUUUCUUUAUUCUCAUUUGCCUCUAUAAAGAAAUUUCUUUACAUUUGCAUCUAUAAAAACAUGGGCUCAUUUAUAUACAUUUAUAGAGAAUAUUUAUUAAAGAUAAUACUUGCCAGAAUUUAAUGAGACGAAUGAUUUUGUGAUUAUCAGUGUAUAGAAAGUAUCUGUUUCUCUUUGAAGUCCCUGAUUAAGUAUGUUAUCAGACAUCCAUAUUGAUAAGAUUGAUAGUAUGGGCAUAAAUGUCAUACUUUAAGCAGUACAAAGUCAGAAGUACAUUUGUAUUGAAUGUGGCCAUUGGUUUUAUCUUAAUGUUUGCUUUGAAACGCGAGUGCUUUUGUCUGUAUAGCAAUAUUGUAUUUUACAUCAAUCAAUUAUAUCAAAUUAUGAUUUAUUGUAGAUUAUGCUAGUGUAAACAAUAUUUGUACAGACCUAAAUGGCUGCUCACUCAUCUAUAUAUAAGUAUGAUGUCAUAAAGGCGUUGUUAUUGCGAUACUUAUAUUUUUAUAUUGCAAUAUUUGUAUGUCCAGUCAAAAGUUUAGGUAUGUGACAGUCUUUGUAUUUUCAUAUACUAGAUGCAUAUAAUUUUAUUUUUAUUUUUCCGUCAUUAUCUUUAAUAUGCUACAACAGUGUAAGUGAGUCGUUAUAUGUAUAUACCAAUAUAGAAAAUACUGAUU